UGUACAUGCAGAACUCGAAUUGCUCAAGCCUGAGAUUAUGAUUGACAUUUAAGCAUCAUCACGUGAACUCGCGGAGUUUGUCUGACGGCUGCAGGCGUGUCGGCCCCCUCUACUCUGACUCCACGCGAAGCUGGGGCAGCCUACUGUUGAGGUAUCCUUGUAGUAAGGUACUGUAUCGUAUCUACAUACCCAUCCAUCCUAUGACGAGUAACGCACCUCGGUGCUUAGCUUGAUCUGCUAUCUUUGUUGGCAUUUGUCGUACCAGAACAGUCAGUCGGACGAUGCCUCAUCCUCGAAAUGCGUGAUGCGGCCAUGACAGCCAUGUUCUCUUUGGCGACAACGAGGUGACCUGAUGACCUUAUAAUACCUUGAGGAAUUAAUCCCGGUGCUGCGAUAACCUUGCCUGUGACAUCAUUCGACCGACCAUGGCGCCCAGAAAGCGAACCAGGAGUGCUAUCACCACACCGCGCCUGACGCGCUCAGCUUCUCAGAAGAAUGCACCGCCAACCAUUUACCGUCAGAUGCUUGCCGAUGCCGAAAUCAAUCCAUCCGCAAGCACCAGCACAAGCGUCGAUGCUGCAGAGCCGCCGCGGAAACGACGACGACCUGGCGAGAAGGUUGCCCCUACGCGACCAUCGAAGCCGACAGCGUCAGCAGCCAAACCAUCUACAACCCAUGUUGCUGAAGGAGAAGGAGGAGAAAACGACGACGACGACGACGAAAACAUCGAGUUCGAGGAUGUCGGACUACCCGCGCCGACGGUCCAGACCAUGUAUAGAGACUCGGACUCGGAGAGCGACGAUGACGAACAUGACGAGGAACAACUUCAGUUUGAGGAAGUCGAUUUUUCCUUCCCGGGCCUCGAUCUGAAUCCAGACGGGAAUAUCCAAGAGGAGAAGCCCAAAGAGAUUCAACUGGACCUGUCCAGUCGCACAAGAGAAAUUGCGAAGAAGAUCUUGGAUAGGAGGAAACCGAUCAACAAGUCCGAGAAAGACCGUCGGAUUGAUAUUCACAAAAUGCAUCUACUUUGCUUGACGUCACAUGCUGCGAGGAGGAAUCGAUGGUGUAACGACCCCGAAGUACAGCGGACUCUACGCCGAUCCAUGUUGAACAAGGAGUUGAGGAAAUAUCUGAACCCGGGGGCAGAGCUGACACAAUUCGGGCGCACAAACUCCUUGAAAACUGCCCUUGAGAAGCUUGAGACCAUAUUUAGGACCAAAUAUGACAUUACGGAAAGAGGUUUGCGCCGUGCUCUUUGGGCUGACAAAGAGGAGCAUUUAAAAGAGUACAGGUUGCCUGACGAUGCAGAAUCGACAGCAGAAAGGUCAGACUUCCGUGAAGCAGCCCAGUCGUUGAAGGGUUCGCGUGAUGUAGGCGCGCAACUAUACUGCGCCCUGCUGAGGAGCGCUGGCGUAGAAGCUCGUCUCGUGUGCUCGCUUCAACCAUUGUCCUUCGCAUCCGGAGGCCCUUCUAUGACGAAACCGACAAAACGCCAGAGGUUAUCUCUAGAAGAACAGUAUGCACGGCGACCGAAAUACGAUGCCACCUUUGACAGUCCUGCAUUGCAUUCGACGUCCCCUAUCCGCCGGCGCAUAGGCCAUCCUAAUGCUACCGCUUUCAACGUGCCCGUCGCAAGUGCGCCCAUCGCCGCCCCCCAACCCACCGAAUCGUCCAAGAAGAUACGGGAAUGUCCGUACCCUGUAUAUUGGGUUGAAAUCCUUGACGUGGGACAUCAGAAAUGGCAGCCCGUGGAUCCUCUUGUUACCCAAUCGUUCUUCAAGCCGAAAGUUCUCGAACCCCCAGCUAGCGAGCGCGAGAACUGCAUGACCUAUGUCGUCGGCUUCGAGGCCGAUGGAACAGCCAGGGAUGUUACGAAACGAUACACAAAAGCGUACAAUGCCAAGACGCGGAAGAUGCGCAUUGAAAGUGUAGCGGCGAAUGGAGAUAGAUGGUGGAGAAAGGCACUUAAGGCCUACAGUCGAGGCUACGAGACCGACAUGGACCAGAUUGAGACUAAUGAGCUGUCUGCGACGGAGGCGAGAGAGCCUAUGCCACGCAAUGUGGCCGACUUCAAAGAUCACCCGAUAUAUGCUCUGGAGAGACAUUUAAGGCGGAAUGAAGUCUUGAUUCCAGGUGCGUCAACCGCAGGCACAGUGGGCGUCGGCAGCAAAGGUCCCCUAGAACGGAUUUACCGCCGUCGAGAUGUUCGCACUGCGCGCACCAAGGAGAAAUGGUACCGAAUGGGCCGCGAAGUUCUGGGCGACGCAGUCCCUGUGAAGUACCUACCAAAACGGCUAAAGAAGAAAUCAGGCCUUUUCGGGAGUGGCGAUGAAGACGAUGAAAAUGAAGACGAUGCAAUAGGGACGCCCGUAUUCACUGAAGAGCAGACUGUCCUCUACAGGGCACCUCCAGUGGUCGAUGGGGUCAUUCCCAAGAAUCGCUUCGGCAAUCUGGACAUUUAUGUCCCAAGCAUGGUCCCAGAAGGUGGCGCUUAUGUCGCUGACGACUUUGGUGCACAAGCGGCUUUCACGCUGGGCAUAAAUUAUGCCCCCGCACUCACAGGGUUCCAAUUCAAAGGCCGUCAGGGCACGGCGGUAUUACAUGGUGUUGUCGUCGCCGCAGAGCAUGAGGAUGCUGUCCGGGCUGCUGUCGCGGGCCUGAGAGAUCAAGAGGCGGAGAUGGAGCGCGAAAGGAGGAGCCGUGAGGUACUCAGGGCAUGGAAGAGGAUGUUGAUGAACCUGAGAAUCCGACAAAGGAUCUGGGCGAACGUACCAGAUGAAGAUGAGGAGAGGCAACAAGAGGCUCUGGAAGUCGAGCAGGAGCAAGUAGCUGCGUUAGACGACAACGACGACGAAGAGGAGGAUAACCAGCAGAGUAGCAGUGAUGAAGAGCUUGCUGGUGGUUUCGUUGUCGACGACGAUGCUGACUAUGGACCCGGAGGAUUUUGAUACGAUGACUUGAGCACUUCUCAAAUAAUGAAAUGGUUCCAAUGAUACUUUUGUUUGGCAGGAGUGACUUGUUCCAUGGUGUUGUGGCUUGUUACACCACGAUGCCUAAGUCUACGUACUAUAGUGCUCUAGUUUGUCACCACUGAUGCCAACGUUGUUCAAGGGGGCUUGUACCGUGCGUACCAGUCUACUCAAAUGGAACUUUCUAUCGUUUGCAGUGCUUGUUCCACAUCAGUAGCAUUUACCAGGAA